AUGUGCGGAACAAUACAUAUACCAUAUGAAAACAAUACUAUUAGACAAUAUAAUUGGAAUGUUAAUGUCACUUGGAAAUCGAAGCCAAACAUGUUGAAAGUAUUAAAUAGAGAUAUAAUUUCAAAUGAACUUCCUUUUUCUGAUAAUUGUGGUGAUUGGAAUAAUUUAUUAGUAUUUACAAAAGAUAGGCAAAACAAAGUAAUACUGCUCAGAUUAUGGAAAAAUAAAUUGAAAAGACUAAAUGAACUACCAUACUUAGGCAAAUUAUAUUAUCUUUUUAAACGGCCUUCAGACAGUAGUAAAAUGGAACAAAUAUAUCCUUGUGAAAUUUAUAAACCUAUUAAUAAAAAGCCUAAAAUUAUAAUUGAAGGAUUUAAUUCAACUUUGUAUAAAUUUAAAGAUAAGGAAAUCAAUGUUAUAAAGUUAGAUAAAAUAAAUACAUUGUUGUCUAUUAAACUUUAUCUUGAAGGUGAAGAAAAACCACUAUAUUUCUAUGAAAAUGAAAAAAUUUUAAUAGAAGAAGUCAGCAUUACAAUGGAUGGGAUCAAAGAUAUAGUAAAUUCAAAUAAAAUAAUUACAAAUUCUUUCAUGUUACAAAAAUUUCAAUUAUUAAAGUUUUCUUAUGAACUACAAAUGGAUUUUCAAAAUUUACGUACAACAGAAAUAUUUUAUUUUGCACCAUUAGAAGAAAGUUAUGAAUUACCACUGGAGGUUAUAGUACAUUCAUCAACAAUAAAAGUUAUUAAACCAAACUGUUCAAUGAAUAUGUUCAACUUUGGAUAUUUAUAUUCAAUUGAUUAUGAAGGAAAAACUAUUGAGAUUGAUAUGUUUUUUGUUGAUGGGUAUCAAAAAAAUAAUUUUGUUCGUUCAGGAAGUUAUAUUUAUAUGAAUAAUGUUAAAAAAAAUGAAAUAAAGCUAAAAUGUUUAUAUAAAACAGCAAAUGGAAACUUUUCAAUCUUCCGAUUGUUCAAACUAGAAAUUCAAACGAUUGAAAUAAAUAAAAAAGAACAAGACUUUCAUAUACUUAAAAAUCCUGAUGAUAUAUAUGGAAAGCUGCCAAAAGAAUUACAAAAAACAUGGCAUAAUAAACUUAUGAAUAAAAUUGGAUCUAGUUGGAAACAAUCAAUUUUUGGAGGAAUUGUUUUUUUUGUAAUUACAAUCAUACUUUUUGUUGCUGUACUAUGUUGUCAAAGGUUAUUGAAGCAAAGAAAUGAAAAAAAGGAAUUGAAUUAA